AUGAGUUUUAAUAUCCAAAAUGCUUCUUUUCAAAAAAAUUCUUCUUCUUCUUCUUCUUCAGACUCAUUUGAAUUAGAUCAAUGGAUUAUUGAUGAAAAUGAGACAAUAGAGAGAGAAGAACAAAUUGCAGUCAAUUUGUUUAUCAACAAUAAUCGUUUUAUUCACCAAUUCAAUCAGGAAAAUAAUCAUGUAAGUCACCGAGGUUCUAUCAUUGGUCGUUCAGUUAUUUUUCGUGAUAGAGAAAAUGCUCAUCGUAAUUUGUACAAUGAUUAUUUUUCUGAUCAUCCUGUGUAUGGUGAAAGAGAGUUUCAUCGUCGAUUUAGAAUGUCACGGAGGUUAUUUCUUCACCUUGUCGAUGCCGUCAAGCAACAUGACAACUACUUCAACCAACGACAUGAUGCAUCUGGUAGACUUGGAUUAUCAACUUUACAAAAAGUAACAGCUGCUCUUCGGAUCUUGGCAUAUGGCAUGCCUGCUGAUGCGACCGAUGAAUACAUUAAAAUAGGAGAGUCUACAGCAAUUGAAUGCAUGAAAAGAUUUUGUCGUGCAAUUGUAUUUGUCUUUUCAGAGUGGUAUCUCAGGUCACCAACACCAGUGGACGUUUCUAGGCUUCUCAAUAUUGGCCAACAACGCGGAUUUCCUGGAAUGUUAGGCAGUCUUGAUUGCAUGCAUUGGAAGUGGAAAAACUGUCCAACGGCAUGGGCAGGACAAUUUGCAGGCCGUAGCGGGUCACCUACGAUCAUUCUCGAAGCGGUUGCAGAUUAUGAUCUAUGGAUAUGACAUGCCUUUUUCGGAAUGCCGGGAAGUAACAACGAUAUUAAUGUUCUGAAAUCUUCCAAUUUAUUUUCCAAGCUUGCUCAAGGU